GUUUUAGCUGUUCAGAGAAAGCAACACUUGUUGUAUUUGUCUCUUGAUCUGUGUAUAAAGUGAAAUGGCAGAAACUGGGUUUUCUCAGGAGCAGUUCAGCUGUCCAGUGUGUCUGGAUCUACUAAAGGAUCCAGUGGCCAUUCCCUGUGGACACAAUUUCUGUAAGAGCUGUAUUAUAGGCUACUGGAAUCUGGAGAAUCAGAAGGGAGUCUACAGCUGCCCUCAAUGCAGACAGACCUUCACUUCAAGACCUGCUUUAAAUAAAAACACCCUGCUGGCUGAAGUGGUGGAACAACUGAAGAAGACUAAACUCCAAGCUGCUGUUCCUGCUGAAUGUGAAGAUGUGGAGUGUGAUGUCUGUACUGGAAGAAAACACAAAGCUGUCAAGUCCUGCCUGGUGUGUCUGAACUCUUACUGUCAAAAUCACCUUCAACAACAUGACAGUCUCUUUAAAGGUAAGAGACACCAUCUGAUAGAUGCCACUGGACGACUUCAAGAAAUGAUCUGCCCUGAACAUAAUAAACAACUCGAAAUCUAUUGUCAUACUGACGAGAAGUGCAUUUGUUUUCUGUGUACGAUGGAUAAUCACAAAAACCAUGAUACUGUAAGAGCCGUAGCAGAGAGGACAAAGAAACAGAUGAUUUUAAAAGAGCGACAGAGAAUGUUCCAGCAGAGGAUACAGCAGAGAGAGAAAGAUCUUGAGGAGUUGAGAGUGGUUGUUGAGUCUCAUAAGCGCUCUGCAGAUACAGCAGUGGAGGACAGUGAGAGGAUCUUUAUUGAGCUGUUACGCUCCAUUGAGAAUAUCUGUUCUAAGGUGACACAGCGGAUCAGAGAGCAGGAAAAGUCUGCAGUGAGUCGAGCUGAAGGAUUCAUGGAUCGACUAGAGCAGGAGAUUGAUGAUCUGAAGAGGAGAGAUGCUGAGCUGGAGCUGCUUUCUUGCACACAUGAUCAUAUUCAUUUCCUCAAGAGUUUCCAGUCUCUCUCUGAACCUCCUGAAUCUACAGAUGUACCCAGCGUCACUGUCAGCUCUCUCCUCACAUUUGAUGAUGUGGGAAAGUAUGUCUUUCAACUGAAAGAAAAACUGGAGGAUUUCUGUAGAGAGGAGAUAGACAAGAUAUCUGGCAGAGUAACAUAUAUUGAAAUUAUUCCCACCAAUGAACCCAAAAUCAGGGAGGAGUUCCUACAAUAUUCCAGUCCGUUCACUCUGGAUCCAAACACAGUGAAUGAACACCUCCGUCUGUCCGUCUGGAAUAGAAUGUUUAAUGUCCCUAAUGUAGUCCAGCAGUAUCCUGAUCAUCCAGAGAGAUUUGAUAAUUAUCCUCAGGUGUUGUGCAGAGAAAGUGUGUGUGGACGCUGUUACUGGGAGCUCGAGUGGAAUGGUGAUGAUGGUGUGGAAAUAUCAGUGUCAUAUAAGAGCAUCAGCAGGAGGGGAGGGAGAAAUGAAUGUGUGUUUGGAUGUAAUGAUCAGUCCUGGAGUUUAGACUGCUCUCCCUUUAUUUACUCAUUCUGGCACAAUAACAGUUAUACUGAUCUUCCUGUACCUCCCAGCCGCUGUAGGAUAGGAGUGUAUGUGGAUCACAAAGCAGGAAGUCUGUCCUUCUACAGCGUCUCUGACACAAUGACCCUCAUCCACAGAGUCCAGACCACAUUCACUCAGCCUCUCUAUCCUGGGUUUGCGGUUCAUGGUGGAUCAACAGUGAAACUGUGUGAUCUAACACAAUAGAGUACAGAGAACUGACGGUAGUGUGUAAUAAUACUAAUAAUGUGGCUUUGAGCUGCAUGAUAAAUCAGUAAUUGUAGUCUCAGGGUGUAUGAAUAGCAGUUGUAUAUAGUGUAAAUUAAUAGCUCAAUCAUUCAAAAGCCAAAUUGUUGGAAAAUAUGGCUCAUUAAAUUAUACAUCAUAUAAGUAACUAGAUCAUUAUAAUUUAUAAUAUAAAAAAUAAUCAUAUAUUAUAUAUAUUAAAGGUGUUGCUCCCUCAUUAAAUUGA